AUGGUUCACGACGCAUUAUCCGCAUCUCACAGAGCAAUGGUCUCCGGUCACUUAAAGGAAACCGAUCCUGAAGUUGCUAAAAUCAUUGAAGAUGAAAUUGACAGACAAAAGCACUCCAUCGAUUUGAUUGCAUCCGAAAACUUUACUUCUACCUCUGUCUUUGAUGCAUUAGGAACUCCAAUGUGUAACAAAUACUCCGAAGGUUAUCCAGGUGCUAGAUACUACGGUGGUAAUGAACAUAUCGAUAGAAUCGAAUUGUUAUGCCAAGCAAGAGCUUUGAAUGCUUUCCAUUUGGAUUCCGAAAAAUGGGGUGUUAACGUCCAAUCCUUAUCUGGUUCCCCAGCUAACUUACAGGUCUACCAAGCUAUCAUGAAACCACACGAUAGAUUGAUGGGUCUUGAUUUACCUCACGGUGGUCAUUUAUCCCAUGGUUAUCAAACUGAUACCAGAAAGAUCUCUGCUGUUUCCACAUACUUUGAAACCAUGCCUUACAGAGUUGACUUGAGCACUGGUUUAAUUGAUUAUGAUAUGUUGGAGAAGACUGCUAUUUUGUUUAGACCAAAGACCUUGGUUGCGGGUACUUCAGCUUACUGUAGAUUAAUCGAUUACAAGAGAAUGAGAGAAAUUGCUGAUAAAGUUGGUGCUUACCUUGUUGUCGACAUGGCACAUAUCUCUGGUUUAAUUGCUGCUGGCGUUAUUCCAUCUCCUUUUGAAUAUGCUGAUAUUGUUACAACUACCACACACAAAUCCCUGAGAGGUCCAAGAGGUGCAAUGAUUUUCUUCAGAAAAGGUGUUAGAUCAGUCAAUCCAAAGACCGGUAAGGAAAUCUACUAUGAUUUAGAGAACCCAAUCAACUUUUCUGUUUUCCCAGGCCAUCAAGGUGGUCCUCAUAACCAUACCAUUGCGGCUUUAGCAACUGCUUUAAAGCAAGCAGCAACCUCAGAAUUUAGGGAAUACCAAGAACAAGUCUUGAAGAAUGCAAAGGUUUUGGAAACUGAAUUCAAGAAGAGAGGAUAUAAGUUAGUCUCCGAUGGUACUGAUUCUCAUAUGGUUUUAGUUUCAUUGAAGGAUAAGGGCAUUGAUGGUGCAAGAGUUGAAGCUGUCUGUGAGAAGAUUAACAUUGCAUUGAACAAGAACUCCAUUCCAGGUGACAAGUCCGCUUUAGUUCCAGGUGGUGUUAGAAUCGGUGCUCCUGCAAUGACCACCAGAGGUGCCUCAGAGGAAGACUUUGCAAAGAUUGUCUAUUACAUUGACACUGCUGUUCAAUAUGCAAAGAAGGUCCAAUCAGAAUUGCCAAUUGAAGCAAACAAGUUGAAGGACUUCAAGAAGACCAUUGCUGAAGGUUCCGAUGAGUUGACUUCUUUGAAGAAAGAAAUUGCAUUAUGGGCAGGUGACUUCCCAUUAUCUACUUAA